GCAAGUCCAAGUGUCCUAUACUCGAUCGCAACUCUCUUAUUUCCGCAGCUGCCUCUCUCUCUCGUAAAGCACAAAGCUUCAACCAAACAACUUUCUAGGGCUUCAAUCUUCCAUCACCAUGUACAGAACUGCAGCUUCGCGAGUCAGGUCGCUUAAGGGCCGUGUGGGCACCACCAGGUAUGCGUCGGUAACUGCAGCUGCUACAAAGCCAGCCUCAGGGGGUAUCUUUAGCUGGCUGACCGGGGAAAAGUCCAGUGCGCUUCCUCGUCUGGAAACCCCAUUAGCAGGUGUGAACCUCCCUCCUCCACUACCUGAUUACGUGGAACCGAGCAAGACUAAGGUUACAAAGCUCUCCAAUGGUGUCAGAAUAGCUUCAGAAAAGUCACCGAGUCCUGCAGCCUCCAUUGGAUUAUAUGUUAAUUGUGGUUCCAUUUAUGAGACUCCAGUAACGAGUGGGGCUUCACACUUGUUAGAAAGGCUGGCCUUUAAGAGUACAACCAACCGGAGCCAAUUGCGCAUUGUUAGAGAAGUGGAAGCAAUUGGUGGUAACAUUGGAGCCAGUGCCUCUAGGGAACAAAUGGGAUACACUUUCGAUGCUCUUAAAACCUAUGUUCCUCAGAUGGUGGAAUUGCUUGUUGACUCUGUGAGAAAUCCUGCCUUCUUGGAAUGGGAGGUCAAAGAGGAGCUGGAAAAGGUGCGGGCAGAAAUUGCUGACCUUUCUAAAAAUCCUCAAGGCUUACUCUUGGAGAGGAUUCAUUCGGCUGGUUUUUCUGGAGCUUUGAGAAAUCCUCUUUUGGCUUCUGAAGACGCACUGAACAGAUUGGAUAGCAGCAUCCUUGAGGAAUUUGUUGCUGAGAAUUAUACUGCUCCUCGGAUAGUUCUUGCAGCAUCUGGGGUUGACCAUGAGGAGCUUUUAUCUAUUGCAGAACCACUUCUCUCUGACCUACCAAGUGUGCCCCUUGUUGGCGAGCCAAAAUCUCAAUAUGUUGGAGGGGAGUAUCGUACUCAAGGUGAUACAAAGGAUGAGGCACAUGUUGCUCUUGCUUUUGAAGUUCCUGGUGGUUGGCGUCAAGAGAAGCAAGCUAUCAUUUUGACUGUUCUCCAGUUGCUUAUGGGAGGAGGUGGCUCUUUCUCUGCCGGGGGUCCUGGAAAGGGGAUGCACUCAAGGCUAUAUCUCCGUGUCUUGAAUAAUCAUCAGGAGAUUCAAAAUUUUACUGCAUUCAACAGCCUCUUUAAUGAUUCUGGAUUGUUUGGAAUUUAUGCUAGCACUGGCUCUGGGUUUGCAUCACAGGCAGUUGAAAUAGCAGCAAAAGAGUUACUUUCAAUUGCCACACCUGGACAAGUUUCGGAUGUAGAGCUUAAACGUGCUAAAGAGUCCACAAAGGCUGCAGUUUUGAUGAAUCUAGAAUCUAGAAUGAUUGCAUCAGAAGAUAUAGGAAGGCAAGUUCUGACAUAUGGCGAGAGGAAACCUGUGGAGGAUUUCUUAACGACAGUAGAAGGAGUGACUUUGAAAGAUAUUACUACAGCUGCCCAACAGAUUAUAUCUUCACCUCUAACAAUGGCAUCAUAUGGGAAUGUUGUAAAUGUCCCAAGCUACGAUUCAGUUAACAGAAUCUUCCAUGCAAAAUGAGCGGAUCUUCAUAUCGAGCUUGCUGCUGCCUGUAAUUUUUUGAAUCAAAUGGGUUAUUUAUAACUUCCAAACGUUGUUGGCCUUUUCGGCCUCGUUGAAAUAAAAUUUUGAGGGGGAAGUUGAUUUCAUCCACAUUGCCUGUAUCAAUAUUCAUUCUGGCAAUUCCAUUUUGUUUUCUCCCUCUGGGAGAGAUUCUUGCU